AACAAAAGGUGGCAAGCAUUCAUAAACCAUUAGUUUCAUCCAUGUACACCAAGAUUCUGCAAUAUCUACAGUGAAAUGGUCCAUGAAAUAAAUACACCACUCUAACACACACUUGCAGAGAAACCAACCCUCUCUUUCUUUUCAAGUUUCAACAAAGAUGAGUGGAAGAAACAGGUUUCCUUUUACUGCAACUCAGUGGCAAGAACUUGAACACCAAGCUCUAAUCUUCAAGUACGUGGUCUCAGGCAUUCCCAUACCACCUAAUCUCCUUUUAUCCAUUAAGAGAAGUUGCUUCGACACCAGACUUUUCUCUCGCCAGCCUCCUCCUCCACAUGGUGGAUUGAACUGUUUCCAGGUGGGACUAGGGAGAAAAGUGGACCCAGAGCCAGGGAGGUGCAGGAGAACAGAUGGGAAGAAAUGGAGAUGCUCUAAAGAGGCCUACCCAGAUUCCAAAUACUGUGAAAGACACAUGCAUAGAGGCAAAAACCGUUCAAGAAAGCCUUUGGAAGUUUCUACUGCAACAUCGUCAACAAGGACUAACCCUUCUCUUUCUGUCAAGGAUUUUAACAUGGAUUAUAGGAGGAAUAGCUAUGUUUAUGGGGUGAAAGAAGAGGUUGAUGAACAUACUUUUUUCUCUGGUUCAUCAAUGGACAAUUCAUUGCAACUUACACCAUUAACAAUGAGCUCAGCUUCUUCAAAACAGAGUGAAUACUCAUACUUGAAACUUCAAAGCAAGAAGGACGGAGAACAACAAAAGACAGUUCAUCGUUUCUUUGAUGAAUGGCCGCUGAAACAUAGAGAUUCAUGGCUUGAUUUGGGUGACGAUAAAUCACCCAAAGGCCCAUCGGUUUCAACAACCAGGCUGUCAAUAUCCAUCCCUUCCACUUCAAAUGACUUUCCCAUUUUCAAUUCAAGAGCUCACAAUGAUGUUUGAGUAAAACAUCCGGUGGUGGACUUUUUGCAGUAGAGGUGAAGAAUGUGCUUGGUUGGGACUUGGGAUCACAUGUUUCGAUGAAUUUCGACUGUUUUGUCUUUCAUUUUUUAUAUAUAUUUUCUCAAAAUUUGGGUAAGU